AGUCCCAACCCCUAGCCUGCGUCCCCAGACCCGGAGGUGGACACUGGUGAGAGGCCCCAGACCCCUGGCCCCGCCGCACCGGUGGCGCUGACGCAGGCCCGCAGCCAAGGUGCGGGACCCUUCCCGGAUCCGCGCAGCGCGCCAAGAACAGAAAGCCAUCUUCUCCCUGAGAAGAAUUUUGAUCAGAAUUACUGGGAGAGGAAAUGGCUGAUAAUCGUACACCAGGCUUCUUCAUGGAAGCACUUAAUAAAUACAGUCAGAAGAACAAUGUAAACAUUAACUAUCGUGAACUGUCUAGGAUAGGACCUCCACAUGACUCAAGGUUUAAAUUUCAAGUUAUGAUAGAUGAGAAAGAAUAUCCACCAGCUGAAGGUAAAUCAAAGAAGGAAGCAAAAGAUGCUGCAGCCAAAUUAGCUUUCGAAAUACUUGAAAAAGAGGGAGUUAGUUCUGUAUCGUUGUUGACAGCAGAUACUUCAGAUGAUUUAUCCAUAGGGAAUUAUAUAGGCCAAAUGAAUAGGCUUAUCCAAAAGAAAAAACUACAGAUAACUUAUCAACAACAUGAAUCGUACAUCAAUGGUUUCAAAAGAUUUUUUUGUAUAUGCUUAGUUGGACAGGAAGUCUACGGUCGUGGUGAAGGUUCUACUAAACAGAAGGCAAAACAAUGGGCUGCUAAACUUGCCCAUGAGAAGUUACAAGCGGAAUCUUCCUCAAUGAAAGAUGAUUCGGUUCUCUUUGCCUCUACCCCGGCUGGGCCCAGUGACUACAAAGGCAAGUCCUCAAAUAUAGGUGAUUCUGAAUCACCAUCUGAAAAUGGCUUUUCAGAAAAUGGAUCAGAAAGAAGUGAUAGCAGUGGCAGUUUUAGCAAUACUCCUUCAUCUUCUCGGAGUGAUCUCAGAUAUAGUUCGGGGAAAGGGAGAAGAUCUAUAGCAGCCAAGUUUGACUCUCCUUACAUGGGAAGAAAUAACUGUACUAGCAAUGAAAGGCUUACCGAAUAUUUUUCUGAAAUAACACCAAUUGGCAAAGGUGGAUAUGGCCUUGUUUUCAAAGGAAAACACAGAAUUGACAAGAAGACUUAUGUUAUUAAACGUGUUAAAUACAAUGAAAAAAAUAAAGUAAAGGCAGAGCGUGAAGUAACAGUUUUGGCAGAGCUUGAUCAUCCAAAUAUUGUUCGCUACUCUUUUAGCUGGACUGAAACUGUUGAUGAUGUGGAAAGCCAAAAAGACAGCCCCCAGUACCUUUUCAUCCAAAUGGAGUUCUGUGAUAAAGGAACAUUGGAACAAUGGAUCGAUGAUAGAAGAGAGAAGGGCGCAGACAAAGUCUUGUCUUUGGAGUUAUUUGAGCAAAUAGUAGAAGGAGUGAAUUAUAUACAUUCAAAAGGGUUAAUUCAUAGAGAUCUUAAGCCAAGCAACAUAUUUUUAGUAGAUACAAAACAAAUAAAGAUCGGAGACUUUGGACUUGUAACAUUUCAGGAAUAUGAUGAAAAGAGGACACGUAAGCGGGGAACUCCCCUGUACAUGAGCCCAGAACAGAUGUCUUCACCGGAAUACGGCAAUGAAGUGGACAUCUUUGCUUUAGGGCUGAUUCUUGCAGAGCUUCUGUACAUACCACCCACUCGUUCCGAAGUGGUUCAUAUUUUCCAAGAUCUAAGGAGUGGUGUUUUCCCCGAUACAUUUGAUAACAAAGAAAAAAGCCUUCUACAGAAAUUACUGUCAGCUGAACCCAAGAAACGACCUAACACGGCUGAAAUACUGAAGACGUUGGAGGAGUGGAAGACUGCGGGGGAGCGGAAGACUGUCGUGGGAGAGAGGAAGAUGCGACACACGUAUUAGCGCCUUUCUGAAAAAGUGUCCUGCUUCUGAUGCUCACUUUCCUUGCGACUGUCCGAGACCUGCUAGGGAUUCUUUUCCUUCUCCCGAAUUCUUUUUACCACGUUUGCAGAAAGUUUUGCACUUUUUAACUUCAAAAAUGUUUUCACAUUUGACUUUUUUCCAGCUCAUCUUAUUAUGAAGAUGGGGAAAAAAUCCCUCAAUUUUUUAUAUCAAACAAUUGAUAAAUCUUUAUCAAAUGUCUACUGUUUGUAGGCCAAAAAAAUAAGAUCUUCCCAUGUCUUAAAUAGGUGAUGAGACAGUUGGAGGAAAAUGGUAACCAUGACAAGAUAAGUUGUAUGCAGUCACUUCGGAAAAUAAUUUGGUAUCCUCUAAACAUAAAUGUGUAUAUUCCAGAAUGGAAUUCCUACAUUCUGCCUAAAAGAAUGCUCAUAGAAUUCCUACAUUCUUCCUAAAAGAAUGUUCAUAGAAUUCCUGUUUGUAAAAGCCAAAGGAAUAGAAAACCAUAC